GGUACCAUCAGCAGCGCUGGCUUGCCCUGGCUGUGUUUACAAACCGCGGCACACGUUACUAUUUUUUUAUUUUAUUAUUUGUCUCAGACUUUAACAGCUCAGAAGCUGUAAGACCAUGCCUAUAGAGUGCUCAGUCCUCGGGUGCACAAACCGGUUCGUGAAAGGCUCUGACAUCCGCUUUUACAGAUUCCCCAUCAGCAAGCCUAAGUUAGCUGAGAAGUGGAUUCGAAGCCUCGGUCAAAGAAACUUUUUGCCGACCACCAACUCGUGCCUAUGCUCCGAGCACUUCCUGCCCAACUGCUUCCGUGAUUUUGAUGGCAAACAGUUCCUGAGGGAAGAUGCUGUUCCUACCAUUUUCGCGCACAAUGCCAAGCAGGGGGCAGAUGGGAAAAAGGGAUCUCGCUCUGGUACAGUUUCUGAGGGAGGCAAGCAGAAAACCACGAAGGACAAGAGACAAGUCUCAAAGGAUACUGGGCAAAAGGGAAAAGCAGGAAAUGAUGCAUCCAAGCGACGUGGAGGGGCCAAGGUUCAAUCCAGUGAGAGGCAGGUCAAUACAGCUAAGAGUAAUUUGUACGACAGCCGAGGUCUGUUGAUCUCCUGCGGCAGAGACCUGUGCGACUGCUUGGACGUAGACUGCAUGGGCUGCUUCUACCCAUGUCCCGAAUGCAGCUCCCGCAAGUGUGGCGUCGAGUGCCGCUGCAACAGGAAGUGGCUGUAUGAGCACAUGAAAGUGGAGGGAGGCGAGAUCAUCCAGAACAUGUUCGCAAGCUAACUGGCGAGGAAAAAAAAAACAUUGUUUGGGGUUCAGUGCGUUGGUUAGUUGGCUUGUGGUGUAAAUGUUAAGGCCGUCAGUUUUGUACUAGUGUUCAUCUAGUCAGUAUAAAGUAGUAAAGGUAAACAGAGUCUGAAAAGGUCAAGCAGUUAUCCAGAGACAUCACUGGCUUUUGGGUUCAAAGUUUGGACUUCUGGAGAGGUUUCUGUGUCCGCCAAGAUCUGAGAGGUGUGUGUCAGCCAACAUUCUGAAGAAAAGAAAGAACUUUGAUACUCUGCAGUUAUGGAUCGAACACUGUGUUUGGGAGUUUUCUUUUUAAUUCAAGGACUUUCUGUUACUUUCUGUGAAAAACUAAAAGUUUUACAUAAUGCUUCACCAGGCUCACUUUCAUCACUUUCACUUCAAGAGAUUUUGUAGGCUGACUGCUGGUUCUUGGUUCAAGUUAAACAGGUGCUGUCCUUGUGUUGUAAAUUCUCUUGUGAAUCUAAAAUUCUGGCUUUGUGUGCUGGUCAGAAGCCUAGGUUUGUGCUGCAAGGUGUUUACUUUACGGUUCUACUUUGUAGCAUUGCUUCCAAUUAAACUCCAUUCUACACUAAUUAACAUUAACAAACUUUGAACUUCUGUAAACCAUCAGUAAGAUGCUGCAUAUAAUAUUACAGGAUUGUUACUUCUCUAAUACGAUCUUAUUCCUCAGUAGUACUGAACUUCAUGGUUUGUUUGUGUUAACUGUUUUGUUGAACUGUGUGUAUUUAAGGAACCUUGAGGUGUUUCCUGCAGUGUUAUUAAAGGAAUACUCAUUAA